AUGGUUGGAUUUGUAGUGCACCGACUGAGACGGAGGGCGAGAAUCCAGCAAUACCGUCUUGCUUCUGGUAGUCUGCCGAUUAGAGAAAAGAAAAGAGAGCGGGCAUUGGCGACACCGGUGGAUAUCAUUUACCGGGAUGAAAGAGAGACAAAGGUUGAUAAAAGGGCGACAUACUUGCAUCCUCAAUCGGCGACCUUGGUGCCUAUGCCUGCUCCAUCCCCCACGACGCCAGGCUCAGGGCAGGAAGUUGUUGUUGGUACUGGGCAUAUUAUUCCACAACGAAUAGAGCUUGGAUUGCCUCCAGUGCGAGAUGUAUAA